ACAAAUAUUUCAGCUGAAACUACUUGCGCACAAAUAAUCGUAAACCGUGGCGUGCUGAUUAUAAAGAAGACACACAUGUUAAACUAUACUAAAAUUUAAAACAUAUUUUUACAUUUACGCGUAAAUAGCUAACUUAUAUAUAUGGUUCUGGGGUUCAAAUUGAAUAGUUACCUGCAUACUGCGUUAACACGAGGAAAAAUUUAAGCUUUUCGGAAUAUGUGUAUAGAAUGAGAUAUAUGGAAUUGUAAGGCGCAACAUGGAUCGAAAUAGACAGGAACAGCUCAGAUAUGUGAAAUUAAUACUGAUUCGUCUAAUAUGAAUUAAGGAGGAGGAAAAUGGCAACUGUAGACACUCAAAAUCGUGUUUACCUUUUCCGUCUACAAGUGCUUAUCAUAGAUGGAGGACUUCUAGUAUUACGAAAUAUACUAGACCAGAAGCUCAACGCACAGAACAUCUCUCUGAGUAUAUGCCUGAGUCAAGAAAAACCGACAAUUACACGUCUGAAAGGACAGAAAACAAUAACCCAAGUCCAAUAUGAUCUGCUGUAUCCGGCACCAGGUGGACAACCUCCAUCGACGGCAGACUUUGACAUUACGCUUAUAAUAUGCCUUCUAAGGAAUCUGAAAUGUUGUGGUUUUAAUCGAAAAUUCAACUGGAAUGUUAUUCCGAAUGCAUCAGACAAAUCAAUUGAGGCCGACAUCUACAGGCUCAAAUUCUACAGAAAUGAGAUGAGUCAUAUAUCGACAACAACAGGAAUCAAGUUGAAAGAUUUUCGUUUUAAAUGGACUGCGAUAGAACAGAUCCUUAUGAGGUUAAACACUUCGGUGACAAAGCAGGUUCCAAACUUACAACAGACAAUUGAUGACAUUAAAAAAAGUCCACUAGAUCCAGCAGCAGAGGAAAGGAUACAAAAAGAAGUGGAUGAGUGGAGAAAACUUGAAAAAGGUGUAGAGGUCGAUUUAAGACAAGUGAAAGAAGAUGCUCAAUCCACAAAGGAGGAGAUGAGGCUUCAAGAGGGAAAAGUGAAAGAAAUAUACAAGCGCACAUCAGAACAUACAGAACGUAUAAGGAGUACACAGAACAAGGUAGCUGAUCUGGAGGUCGAUUUAAGACAAGUGAAAGUAGAUGAUCAAUACAUAAAGGAAGAGGUGAAGCUUCAACAGGGAAAAGCUGAAGAAAUAUACAAGUGCACAACAGAAAAUGCAGAACUUAUAAGGGGCACACGAAACAAGGUAGCUGAUCUUGAGGUCGAUUUAAGACAAGUGAAAGUUGAUGAUCAAUCCAUAAAGGAAGAGGUGAAGCUCCAGCAGGGAAAAGUUGAAGAAAUAUACAAGUGCACAUCAGAAAAUACAGAACUUAUAAGGGGCACACAAAACAAGGUAGCUGAUCUUGAAAAACAAAUAGCCAAAAGCAAUGAAUCAACACAAAAACAGAAAGAACAAGAAGAGACGAGUACACAAGAAUCAGCAGCAACAAGAGGAUCUGAAGAAGCAGUAAAAAGGAAAACCCCUAAUGUAUUCAAAAGAUUGUUUUUAAGAAGAGGCAGGGAAAUGGAAGACCUGAAGGAAGAUCUGAUAACUCUCUACAGGCAACAAUACCAUACCCUGCCUCUAUCACCUUUGAUAGAAGAAGAAGACACUCCUCUAUUGAAGUUUUACGUCACUCCGGACAUAAAUUCAGUGGAAAAUCAGAGGUCGUUUGGAGGUGGCAACGAAAUUAAAUCAAAAGUCGCCUCGCUUCGUGACGUGUUCUGCAAGAAAGACAAAACUUGUCGUGAAAUUUACCUUACUGCAGAUGCUGGGUUCGGGAAAACUGCAUUUAGUAUGCGACUCGUAUUGACGUGGUGUCAAGCGAAAAAGCGUAUCAAAAGUGAUCAAAAAUUCUUUAAGAAGGAAGAUAUUCAGACAAUGUCAGAAUUUGAAUUUGUGUUCUUGUUGUCAUUACGUGAUUGUUCCGAGGAAUGUGACAUUGAUGAGAUGAUCGUGAAAAAAAUAAUUCCACGGCUGGCACACCCAAAUGUAACUUUAAGCGACAUAGAAACUAUUCUUUCUAAGGGAAAAGUCUUGGUGAUUCUGGAUGGUUUAGACGAGUGGAUACACCCAAAGUAUGCCUGUAUGCUAGGACCAAGUGACAUUCCACACAGGAAAGCUAGGGAAUGUACAAUCCUCACAACAAGUAGACCGUGGAAGUUGAGUGUCAUCAGUUUAAGAUCAAGUCAAAUAGAGCAAAAGUUGGAAAUUGUCGGACUUAAUAAAACGUCUGCCAAAACGUUAAAGAAAAAUGUGAUCUCACUUCUGAUUGGCAAUAUUAACAAUGAAAAACACUUUCAGGACUUUAAUUCCAUUGUCGAACAUAAAGGUAUUUCAGAUUUGGAAACUACUCCUCUUUUACUGAUGUAUCUAUUGUGUUUAUGGUGUGAUGGAAUGGAUCUAGGAAGGUCUAAAUACGAGUUAUACUGUCAAAUUGUCGAACUGCUCCUUAAACGAACUUUUGAAAAAUAUCCGGACAUACAACAGGCGCGCGAACCACUCAAAAGUGAUAUCUCACAAUGCUUCAGUGAACUUGUAAAUUAUAAGAAAUACUACUCACUUUUGACAGCUUUAGGGCAAUUAGCAGUUGAAACAUUAUUCAGUGAAAACCGUGAAAGCACGCUGGUAUUUAGUAAGUCGGUCUCUGAAAAGUAUUUAAACAAAGAUGAUUUGAAAUUAUGUCUUCUCUCGGGCAUAUUAACACAAAGUAAGGAAGUAAAAUUAACCCGUCAGAGUUCUAAAGUCUCGUUUUCCCACAAAACACUGCAGGAAUAUUUCUGUGCACUGCACAUUUGCUGCCAAAAUGAAAAUGAUGUCCAAAAUUUAGUGCAACAAAGGUUCAACAGUGUGCAAAAUAUUCUUGAUAUGUCGAAAGUCUUUGUUUUCAUCAGCGGAAUGAAUGCAGAAAUCAUGUCUUCAAUAUCACACGAGCUAAAGUCUGUAAUCAGUGAAGAUCAAAUAACAAAAACAUUCAGAUCCAUGGCAAACUUCGAUUACAGGUACAUUGAUCCUCUGAAAGACAUACAAAACAUGUACAUUUCUUGUUUGAAAGAAAACACGGACAACACUUCUCUUUGUUUCCAGGAUUUUAUCAUCGACCACGACUAUCAAAAAGAAAAACACUUAUUGGACUUAAAAUGGCUGGCAAAACACAGUAAAAUUAAUAUGCAGUCAAUAUUCAUCAGAAAAAGUGUUCAUAGUUUACGUGAGCUUACCGAUCAGUGUGAAUUUGAUGACAUGUACAAUGUCAAGAAAAUCUACUACGACGGGGAAUGUAAGGACGCGGAAAUUAUUCGGCUGUUGACAAAUAAGUCGUUGGAAAGUGUAACUGUUAUAUCACGUACACGGCAAGGUAAUAACUUUAUCUCCAAAUGUAGUUCAUGUUCAAGUGAACUGUUUAAAACAUUCCAAAAUAUUUCUCAGUUACGAGCAAUUUGUAUUGAAAGUUUUGAGUUUGAGCACGAUGUGCUGAAGGAGUUUCUGAAUUAUAUUAUAAACAGAAAAUCAAUGGCGGAGAUUAGAUUGUACGACUUACAUUGUAACACACACGAAAUUUCCUGCGGAGAAAUGAAUUUGGACUUCUCCCAGCAUUCAGAUCUAUGUGCGUUAGGACUGGACACUAUACCUGUGUCACAGUUAAAAGUGAAUGUAUCGUCGUUAGAGGACUGUGAUGUAGGACAUUUAUCUAAACCAGGUCUGGUGACGUCAUUCCUGGGAGAGUUGCCAGCAGCCAGUAAACUACGCGCAAUUCAGUGUAGUUAUCUAGAAUCUUCCGAUGACAUUGAAACAUGGCUGCAGACAUUACCAUUGUUGGUUCAAGUAAAAGACGUUACGUUACAGAAUAUCAACCUAGGUGAAAGGUCACUCUGUCUGUCACCCGAAAUGGUACAUAUAGAACUUGUUUACUUGGAUAACGUAACAAUGUCUGGUUCAUCAUUACGUAAUCUAGUUACGGUUGUAGAGAAACUUCCACAGUCAGUGACAGUUAUAAUGCGAGAUUGUAAUAUAAGACCGGAAAGAAAAUUUGCAGACGUUAAAAAAUAUAUAAAAGCAUCGGAGAAUUUCAUAGUCGGGUUUGAUGGAAUCAAUCAGUUAAACCAGUGCGCGUUUGAGUUUCAAACUACUGAAGCUGGAAGUCGAGUAGGCCUACAUUAAGUUAAUCAAACUUAGACUCACUGAGUAAAUAUUUCAUAAACAUUACUCAUUGAAUAUAUGUAACAUGAAAAACAACACAGUGACAUAUGACAUGUAUGUAUUUGUACAGAGUUAAAAAUAUCCGCUCGCGAGUGAAAUAGACAUGGAUCAAAUCUGAUAAAACUAACUGACUAAUUAAUAGUAAUAACAUUAACCGAAAAAUUCUAAGAUAAAAAUGGCAUAACUCUAUGGGGAUUGUUUCUCCUGAUGUUGACUUUGAUAGUAAAUACAUAUUUUAAGUUUCAAGAGAGAUAUUUGACUGUAACAAAAAUUUUAAGGAACGGCGAUUGUAAAGUUUUAUCGUUUGACACUUGAACAAAAUGUGCUUUAUUCAGUGCCUACUUCAUACUACUCAUGCAGUUCUGUAACGUGUAACAUUAAAUAAAUGAAUAAAUUUGGUAAACGGUCUAAUAAAAACAAGUAAAAUAACUUACUUUUGUCAUAUAUGAUAUAUCCGUGUAGAAAAACGUAUUAAAAGUCAAAUAGACCAUCUCUUACUACCAAAGCUUUUGACGGUUAUCAAAGUCAUGAGAGUUAUGUCCCUUUUUAACUUUGAUUUUUUUGUUAAGAACUUAUUUUUUUAUAAAGUCAAAUAUCUAAGUUACUAUCAAAGCUUUUGACUUGAAACUUUUAAUAGUUAUGUACUUUCAAAUCUACACCAGGAGAAACAAUCCCUGUAACUCUGAUUUGAAUUUGACAGAGUUACGCCCUUUUUUAACUUGGACUUUUUGUUAUGUUUUUAUCAAGUCAAAUAUCUCUGUUACUAACAAAGCUUUCGACUUGAAACUUAAAACAGUUGUUUACUAUCAAAGUCCACACCAGUAGAAACAAUCCCCAUAACACUGAUUUGAAUUUUGAUAGAGUUAUAUACCUUUUUAACUUAGAUUUUUUUUAGAAGGUCAAAUAUAUCUAUUGCUAUCAAAGCUUUGGACUUGAAACUUAUAAUAGUUAUAUGCCUUUAAAGUCUACACCGGGAGAAACAAUCCUCUCAACUCUGAUUUGAAUUUGACAGGGUUAUGCCCCUUUUUAACUUUGAAUUUUUUGGUUAAGUUUUUGAUAAAGUUGAUAAAGUCAAAUACUAGUAUAUUUCUGUUACUAUCGAUGUUUAUAUAUGUAAUUUUUAAUCCAAACAUAGUGUCUAUGAUAUAUUGUAUAUAUAGUACAAUAUUGUAUAUACAUUAUGGACAGAAUGUCAGAUCAUUAGUUUAUACCGGUACUACGGUUGAGAUUAUUGUAGCUAGCUUCCAAUAGGUGAGUUUGUAUUGCAUGGCAAUACUUCUUUCACUGGUUGUUUUAUUACACAUACACAUAUUCAUUUUGAAUCGAGGCCAUUGUCAUUGUAUUGACUCGUAUAUAUGAGCCGCUCCAUGAGAAAACCAACAUAGUGCGUUUGCGACCAGCAUGGAUCCAGACCAGCUUGCGCAUCCGAACAGUCUGGUCAGGAUCCAUGCUGUUCGCUUUCAGAGUCUAUUGCAAUCAGACAAAACCAUUAGCGAACAGCAUGGAUCCUGACCAGACGGUGUUGAUGCGAAGACUGGUCUGUAUCCAUGCUGGUUGCAAGCGCACUAUGUUGGUUUUCUCAUGGAACGGCUCGUAUAUUAUUUAUGAUGAUCUUUUGUUGGUAUUUCAGUGUUUCAGCUCAUUAGCAUGACCUAUGCCAACUGUACAAUAUCGGUUUUACUUGUAGGAAAAGACAUGCGAUAACUUUAAUUAUUUGUAAAGCAGCUAGUUUAUGAAAUACAUUUUAUUACCUAUUCAGAUUCUGUGGUUGUUAUAUCCAUGUAUAUGUUUUGUUUUUAUGACUAUUGUUAUGCUUCCCUAUAAUAUUUUGAAAGUACUAUGUAUGACAUAUAUUUUGCAAAAUGAGAGGCAAAAUUAUGUGCAUUAUAUGUAUUUUUAUUGGAAAUGCAAAAAAUAUGAAGAAAAUUAAAAUGUGAAGAUAAUUAAAAUAUGUAACUGAG